GGGCCGGAAUUUUAUAUGCUUAUUUUCUUUGUGUGUGUGUGCUCAAGUGACGUGUUUAGCCAGUUUUAUUAACCUAACAUUUUAUGAGUAAUGCAUAACCCAAUAGACUUUUUUUUUGCCUUUAAUACUUAAUGAAUAAUAAUAAUCAUUCGAAUCCUAAUUCACCACGUACGAAUGCGAACACUCCAUCAAGAGACAGAACGCCAUCUUCGAAUGGAGCGCCUGUGCUUCCGUAUUCCAAAGCAGUUCGAACGACAGGAGAAAGCCUUGCUUCACUUGUGGGAGCUUCUUUGACUACAGUUGAAGAUACAGUGUACGUCUUUGGCGGAUUCGAUCAGUACACGGAUGAAAUAUAUAAUAAGCUGUAUAAAUUGGAUUAUAAUGAUGCGUGUAAGUGGACCCAGGUGAUCUAUACAAAAGGAGAACCGCCCGCCAAACGUAAUGACCAUUCGGCCACUUUAUGGAAUAGCGAUAAACUCGUUAUUUUUGGUGGUAACUCGGAAGAAGACAUACAUUUUAAUGAUGUUGCCGUGUUAGAUUUAAGUAAUAUGACUUGGUGGCAUCCAGAACCAACUGGAUUUAUACCAGAAGGACGUAUUCGACAUUCAGCUUCUAUCCACAAAAACAAACUAUAUAUUGCGGGUGGUAUGAAUGUGACGCCCACUGCAUCCUUUGCAAAUACCAUCUUGGUAUUGGAUUUAAUAAGUUGGGAAUGGGAGCAGCCUAUACCAUUUAUCAGUCGUGCUCAACAUACUAGUUUUAUUUAUAAUUCAAGAUUGUACAUAUUUGGUGGUCUCAGAGAAGACAUGAGUCGAUCAAAUCAUCUAGCGUUUAUUGAUUUAAAUAGAACAGAUGAUAUCACCCAAUUAGAUAUCUCUUCCCCUUCAGCCCCCUCUCUUUUUGGACAAAGAUUUGCCCAAAUCUGUGGCGACCAAUUAGUCGUCUUGGUUACAUUACCCUUCAGAGAAGCUAUGAUGGAAACCCCUUUUACUGGUCUUUGGUCCCUAGAUUUACCUUCUAUGCAAUGGCAGUGUAAAGAAAUGGGUACUAGAUACGAAACAUGUAGUUGGCACUCCUUUUCGAUGACAGAAAACGAUACUAGCUUCUAUCUCUUUGGUACAAAUGAUGAUGAACCGGAUGAAUUUUACGCCAUGGUACUACGUGUUGAACUGGAAGAAUUAGGCAUCGUUGCUAUACCUCCACCUCAACUGGGUACAGACUUAAUCGCCUUAUUAUUAAAGCAGCAACAAGGAACAGACUUUGCUAUAAAAUCAUCCAUUGAACCUGAAGCCCCACCCAUCUAUGUACACCGACUUGUGUUAUUAGCUCGUUGGCCUCAUUUCGUUCACCUAGUGGAGUCUGGUAUGUCUGAAUCCAUAUCAAACACCAUUACUAUGGGAGAACCUAUCUCUACAUUAAAAAGUUUCAUCCGGUACCUGUACACAGAUACUUUGGACGAUGCUAGUUUUACUACGGAUUUAAUUGCGGAUUUGAUGGUGAUGGCACAUAUCUAUUUAUUACCACGGUUGUUAGCACUAUGUGUACGGAGAUUAUUCAAUGCGAUGACAACAGAAACUGUGAGUAAAAUAUACCACAGUGCUAGUUUAUCGGAGCAAAGGGGGCUUCAACAGGCCUCGUUACAAUAUAUCUUUCAACACUUUGGAGCUAUUUCCCAUACUGUGGGAUUCCGACAGCUACCUAGACAUAUACUGUUUCAAAUAUGGGAUGAUAUGCCAAGUAACGCAGCAAUUGUGGGCCCUCAAAAAGAUCAAAUACAACAGAACGACACAUCAGAUAUAGAAAACGAAGACGAGGAGGAGGAAGAAGAUGAAGAUAUGGAAGCAUAACGAAAAAUAAAAAGUAA